CUUACGAACAGCUGUUAUGGUUGCUCUCCACAAGCGGGUUGACUUCAAUUGAGUCGCAAAACCUCCCCUUGCAGAUCGUUGUUUUCGUGAUUUUGUUUGUUUGUUUGUUUGUUUGCCGCGGAGGAAGAAGAGGAGCAGGAUGGUGCUGUCGACCUCACAGCAGGUCGUCGUGGCUUUCACGGCGGUGCUGUUCACGUUUGUCGUCCUGCCCAGGAUGUUCGGCGUCGGCGGGGGGACGAAGGAGCCCCGGGGCUUCGACCCCCGCUUCAACAGGAAGGUGGGUCCCGGGCCGGGCGCCGUGCGAGGCCAGCCCGUCGGCAUGAGCGGCCCCGCUUCUGCCCAGAGUAUGGAGAACAUGCAGCAGAUGAAGAUGAUGAUGGAGCAAGAGAUGAAGAGCGACAAGUACAAAUCCAACAGCAACAAGGGCUACGUGUUCACACUGAUGCCCCUCUACGCCAUCGGAGUGGGUGUGUUCGCAGCCUACAAGUUUAUGAAGAUCAAGUCCGCCGAUGACUCCCAGGCUCAGAAGAACAAAGUCGCAAAAGGUGCAAAAAAGUCAGUGGAGGCAGAGAACCAGCUGAACGAGCUGGAGCAGAGAUUGGCACAGACGGAGAGGAUGCUGAACUCCAUCCUCAACCAGCUGGACCCACUCACCAACUGCGUGAAGUCGGUGGCUCAGGAGCAGAAGAACGAGAUCAUGUCUCAACUCCAGACCAUCCGCUUCCUGAUGAAGAAGAGAGGCAUGGACUGUCCGCCGCUCAACAUCCAAGAGGCAUCUGGCGAGCGUAAACUCGAUGACCUAAUCGAGUCACUGGCGGCACACGAGGCUUUGUCAGCUGAUGUCUCCGUGGAAAACAGCCAAGCUUGUGCCGGGGUGGCGGUGGCGGCGGCGGCCUCUGAAAAAGUCUGUCACGAGCAAGCCAAAGACGAGGCGGCGGCAGACGCUGAGGAGAUGGGAGAGCCGAUAGCGGAGGAGUCCGAGAGGGAGGAGGAGGAAGACGAGGACAUGAACACGGAGGAGGAGGAGGAAGAGGAGGAGGAGGAUGAUGGUGAUGAUGAAGAGCUGGAUGACAGUGAGCUCAUGCCCUCUCUUGAAGAGUCUUUGGAGACAAACAUUGAGGAUGUUGGAGCGGAGACGCCUGCGUCCGGCCUCAGGCGACGCAUCCGGCCUGAAUGAACUCCCAGCAGGGCUUCUGAACUGUACAGGAAUGCAACAGAUUAUUAUGAAUAUUAUUUAUUAUUUGAAGGAUUUCAUUCCAAAAUGUUAUAGGUCAAUUCUGGGGGGAAUGCCACUUGACGCUCACUAGUAUUUCAAAAACACAAGAUUCCUUCAUCAUUUCAUAAGUAAAGGUCUCAACACAAGGUCCUUACGAUGCCCUACAUUUAUAUGUCAGGUUUUGAGAUUGUCCAUAUCACAUUCUGGAAUUAAACUCUUGAGUUUUUACUUUUUAUUUUAUUUUAUUUUAUUAUUAUUUUUUUCACCAGCACUGCGCUACUUAACCACUAAAACUGAAGCUCUACAAUCUCGGUCAGUGAUCCAUGACAAAGCAAGUUCAACAUCAUGGACUUUAAUGCACAAAAGUUCAUGAUGUUAAAUGUUACAGGACAUGAGUUUGAAGAUUUUUAUGUAUGACUUAGCCUCCAUAUCUAUUAUCAAUUUGCUUUCCAUCACUGUAUCAUAACCGUAUACCUCUGUAUGCUGACAUUUUCAGGUUGCUGUUUGAAUAGCAUGAAUCCAACUGCAAAGUCAGUGAUGCCUCAUGCUUUUUGGAUCCAACACUUUAGUUUGAAAGACCCUUUACAUUUAAAUCAUACACUGGGAAUGCAAUGCAUUUGCGAAUGACAAACUUGAGGCCAUAGCGAUUUCAUAUAAAAUUGCAUCGAAAAUCUUGGUGGAAGAGUUUUUUUCUCUCUCUCUUUAUUCGGGAGAAAAUCCAGACACUAAACUUUGAACCGGAAAAGGGCUGCUGCAUGCUGUGAGCUCAUUUGUUUACAGAAGAACCAAACUCUUACAGUGUAGAAUAUAAUCUUAUAAACUUCAGAAGUGUGAACCUAGACUUUUUUUUUUUUUAAUAUCAGAACAUAAUUAUGCAUGUUUUUGUUUUUCAUGUUUGUUUGUUUGUUUGUUUUUUAAUGUAAAAUGUGACUGUGUGAUUUUGAAAGUGGUUUAUUUAUUCAAGAAGAUUAUGCUUAGGGUCAUGACAAUCCUUUCAUCAAUGAGAAAUAUGUUUAUUUACUAGUUGUUUUUUUUAUUUUCUAGUAUUUGUAAUGUGUUUGGGUAUGUUGGAUUUUUUUUUUUUUUUUUUUGAUUUUCCUGUCGUCAAAUGACUUCAUUUAAACGUCUUAGCUUGGAGAACACUUGCUUUCGCCAGUACCAAUCCAGGUCUGACUAGGGAUGCCACAAGAACCGGUUUUACCGAUACCACAUCAAUGCCAAACUUUAAAAAAAAAAAAUAACAGUACUGGAUUUUAUCGGUAGCACUGAGUGGAGCAUGUGAGAAGAAAAACAACAAAGAUGUUCCUAAUGACCUGCAAACUAACAAAAAAAAAAAAAAAAACACCUUUGGAAAAUCACAAAUUACAAAAGCCAUGUAUGAAAGUGCAAAAAAAGGGAUACAGGAGGAGGUGGAGGAGAACAAGAACCAGGUGUUCUUUGGAGAGAUAUAGCUGAGAGAUGAUUUCCAUGUAUGGCAGUACGAUACCCAAAUUUAUGCUGAAAUACAUGGGAUAUUGUUUUCUGUGUGGUAUCGUGCACUGACUAUCAAAAUUCUGGUAUCGUGACAUCCCUAGGUCAGCCUGUGGUUCACGUCUGCUGCUGGAGAAUAGGGACGAGGACAGAGAGCUCAGUCUCUCAAUUGGCAGGAAUUGGUUGUUACUCCAAAACGGAGGAUUUGCUGCACGUCACGUCUGUCUUUAAAGUCUUUAAAGAGGAGCAAAACCCCAAACCCAAGCCUCUGUGAAGCCUGACCUGUCACUGUGGAAAGUAGGGCGCUUGGUGACCUGCCACCAAAGCCCAGGUACAGGUCAGGCUUCACAGAGGUUUCGGGUUUAGUUUCUCUUUAAUUAAAAUGUUGGGGCUGCUCAUUGUAAGGAGACUUUCUGGUUGUGCCCUUGUUUUUGUCUGUUGCCAGUGUAACUGCUCAUUUGUUACUGUUUUUUUUUUUUUUUUUUUUUUUUUUUGGCAUUUCAGUUUGAUUUGUAUGAAUGGGGUUCCUACACAGAUCUGAGGAGUUUGAAAAAGUGCAAAGAAAAUAUUGUCAUUACCAGAUGUGGAGAAGUAUGGAAAUUGGACUCAAAGAUUGAACCACAACUUGCUCAGCUUGUUUCAUGGUAGAAUAUUUGUCAGGGAAUGGGCUGAGUGAUGGAAAAUGUGGCUCAGGUGGCGGUCACUGUAAAGCUCCCGUCAAGAUGCUUCAUUUGGAAAACUAACCAAAUGUUAAAACGAAAAAGUGAGGGGAAGCCGUGUGUUUAGCUGUGCUGAUGUCAGUCCCCAUCUCACAGCACUGAUGCUGCAGGGAAAAAGGCAGAGUGGACCAUCAGCAGCACUGAAGCACCUGUGAUCCCAGUAAACAACCAGCCUCCUGGGUGUUUGUGCUCUCAUACGAGGCAUGUGGCUGAAACUCCCUGUUGUAUAAUCAUUUUUUCCAUUGCAUUACAGAUUAAGGCUGCACAACAAAUCAUCUGUAACACUGCACUGUGAUAUUAGCUUCACCAACUGGUAAUCUGCACAAUAUUGAAAAUUUUAUCAUGCUUUGUACUUGAAAAAUGUCAAAAUGCUUAUUUAAGAUGCCAAAUGUGCAGUAGAGAAAUUUGUUUGAACAUCAAUAAUUAUGAUCACAGUAA